CUCAAUCAUGCAUUCUUUUUUGGGGGCAACACCACCCCUUGAAAAUUGAAAUAUAUAUUCUUAUAUUACUUUUCAUACACGCGACAUCGAAAAUGAUAUACAGGAUUAAUCAAAUAUUGCAAUAAAACUCUAGCGAUCCACCCAGGGCUUAUUAUUCUUGUGUGGCCGUCUGUCUUAGCCCUUAUAAAUCCAUCUCUCUCUUUCUCUUUUCUCUUCCUCUCUUCCUCCUUCUCUCUUGACAUAUGAAGCAAAUACUAUGGCUUCAAACAAAGAAGAUAUUGUACCAUCACAGCAAGCAAGCCUGCUAGAGUGUUGCAUGUGUGGAGAUUCUGGUCUGACUCAUGAGCUUUUUCAAUGCAAAGUUUGCCAAUUCAGAUCUCAACACAGUUACUGUAGCAACCUGUAUCCAAAAGCCGAGUCGUAUAAAGUUUGUAAUUGGUGUUUGAAUCAAAAGGAGGAUUCAAAGGAGAAGUCUCAGAAUUCUUGUAAUUCUUCAGCAUCAUGUAAAGACAACAGCGAAGACGAUAGCAAGAACAAGAAAAAAAGCGAUCACCAUAACCAGGGACCAACUGGCUUGAAAGGCAGCCAAAGAAACAAUUUAAAGCUGCAACUGAUCAAGAACCCCAUCAAGAAACCAAAGUCACCAGAGAAAUCGCCAACGACGACAAGGAAAAGGAUCAUAACAAACGCUCGUUUAGAAGAAAAGCUUAGGAGAACAAAGUCGGAAGAGAUAUCAAACAGUGGGCUCAUUACAAGGCAUGUGUUUAGGAACAAGGUAAGAAGAUACAAGCUCUUGGAUGAGGUUUCAAGUUAAAAAAAGACUCCAAUGCUUAUCUGGAAAAAAAACGAACGUACGUACAGAGAUGGUUAUGGUUUUGUUUUCUUGUGGCGAAUUUUGAGGUCCCCAAAAAAAAAAGUUGUUGACAAUUACAGAUGGGUUCAAUGAACGGAGAGCUCCGCCAGAAAAAGGGUCGUUUUGUUUACUACUUUUACCACUUUACAUAAUUUUUACUUUUCCCUCGUUCCAAACAGAUAAAAUCAGUGUAAACCUGGAAGAAAGUCUUGGAAUGAUAGAAAUCAUGGACAAAAAUAUUCGAUAUUGAUAUUAAUGCAUUAAAUUUAGUUAA